AUGAGGUCUUUUGGAACCGAAAUUAGUGGAAAUCGAAGGCCUAAUUCUGAGCUUUCUAGUGAGAGCCGCGCAGCUAUUAUAUCUGCCCUAGAAAACCAGGCAUCGCCGACUCAAUUAGCCAAGCAGUUUGGCAAAGGGAAGGCCUACAAAGCUCAGCCAUUCUACUAA